AUGGAGAAUUCGACAAUGGGUGGCUACAAUGAACUAGCAGGAGUGAUGGGAUCUUAUCCAGGGCUCUGUAUCUUCCGGAGAUUUCUCAUCCUGAAUGCUAGGAACCUGCUCUGCCUGCAGGCUGAGAUUGUGAACCACGAGCAUGCUCUUCGGGUAGCCAUCGAGGACGACCGCAACGCGGCCGAUCCGUUGAGGAAGGAAUUCGAGUCCGACAUUUCGGCUAUGAAAGGUCCACACGAGCACCCCCUUACUGGCCUGCAAUGGACCAGAACCCUCGAGAUGCGAGGCCUGCUCAGAGAGUACAACACAGCCCUUCUCCAAUUUGCCUCCCUCUGCCGGCUUGCUCCUGUAAACAAGGCCGACUUGGCCACGCUCCACGAGUUGCUCGAGAAGCCGCCCGGCAGUGGAGACUCGUUUCUGACGGCUCAUGAGUUCGAAACAUGGGAUGAGGAAAAUAUCAAGGACCUGACUUCAGUGGCCGGGCUGCACACUGAUAGAGACGCCCUGUCGAGAUUCAUCGAUAAAAUGGCAAAAUCUGUCUACCAUAAGCACGUUGGCCACAAAUUCCAUGACCCCAUCGCGGUCGUCGAGGCGUGGGCAGGUGCCGGAAAACAUAAGCACAUCAUCAACUAUCCUGACAGCUAUAUCACGACCACCAUCGACACGUUGUCUACUAUUUUGGCCUCGGUGCUCCCGACCGUUGCAGCCUUCGGAAUCUAUCUCAUCAAUGACCCUAAGAAGAGGAUGGCGGCUAUCGUAGCGUGCACCCUUCUCUUCUCCACAGUACUCUCGCUGGUUGCCCGACCCAAACGAGCUGAAUGUUUCGCGGCGUCCGCUGCUUUCGCAGCUGUUCUUGUCGUCUUUGUGGGGAAUUCAAAUGGAAAUUCGUGCUAG